CCUUCACUAAUCGAGAAAGUGCUUCAGGUAGUCGGCUGUGACAACGUCAUCGGAUCAUCCCUGCGAUUCGACGUUUGUGGCGUGUGCGGUGGUCGCGGUGACAGUUGCGAUAGUGCACAUUUCGUGUGGAAAGAAUCGGGUGAAUUCACCGAGUGUGCUACUUCGUGCACGGAGGCAGCUCAAGAAUUCCACAGCGGUAAACUGGAUAAUGACCGCGUGUCACGAGCGAUUGUCGUUUGUGUGAAUGCGAACACUGGACGGGUAGUGCCGGAAAGGCUUUGUGCGGAUCGGAAACGGCCGCCUUUGAAGACGAAGCCUUGCCCACCGCUAAUCUGUCCAAGCAGGUGA